AUAAUAGAUUAGCUCAUUUUGCACCAAAUAAAACAGGCGAGUGUCCUUGGUGUUCAAACGAAAUCCAAGAUCUAGAGCAUUUCAUACUUGAAUAUCAAAUUAGUAAAAAAACUUUGAAGGUAGAA